GCUCAGCGCCAGGAAAACUCUUCUGUCCUACCUCGCAGACUCAUGAAUACAGCAUCUGGACAGCCCUCUCCUCUCUUUUCACUGGAUCGCUGUCUUUGGAAACUGGAAAUCAGUUUCCUCUGUGUGUUCGUGUGCAGAGUUGAGCCUGUCUGUGUUGCACUUUCAGGCAUCCACGGCACAGAUGUUUUCACUUUGACCUCCUCCUCUGUCUUGCCUGAAUGCCCCCGCCCAUUUGGUGCCCUUAGAAGAAGGGGAGGAUGGAGACAGACAAGAUGGCCAUCCACUGAUAUGAGUGAUACAGGACCAACUCACUCUUAGUUACUUUUCACCCAGUGCAACAGUACAUGCCUGACCACUAAGAGAAAAAAGAACAGCAGGGAUGUAUUUUUACAGGAUACAGUUUGAGGUGAUAUUUAGCACUGCAGUAAAGAGCAGCAAGGAAAAUCACCACAUAUCUUCAUCAAAUAGAGGAUCAGCCUGCAAACCCAAAUUGUCUCCUAGCUGUGGAUUGGUCUCAACAGCUGUCUGAAAAGCAGCAUGAACUGCAGCGGCCCCUUUCCAGUGCAUUCCUGUUCAAUACCAAGCUGAAGUAUGUGUCUUCAGAAGAUGCUGAGGAAGAUGGUGACCAUGAGGAGGAUCCUCCACGUGAAGGGAGAUGUGAUUUGCACGAUGCUGCUACUGAUACUAUUCUGUCUGCUGCUCUAUGCACGCCAGGUUGUGCUCUCCUCUGGGUGGGACAGACCUGUGUGGAAGCUAGAAGUUCAUGGCUCUACCAGCUCCAGCAGGACCCUACUGGGCGCCAGUGGGGCCAAAGUAAUCCCGGAGUCUCCAGUGCAGUUCACGUCCAGACCUUCAGAGCCACAGCUGCCUCUCUGCAAGCCCCAGGACAAGUCUAAACCUCCUCAGGCCAAGUCCAAACCUCAGGUCAAAUCAAAGGGGAAAUCCACGUUGCGACGGAAAAAUGUUGUGCCGACUAAGGCGGCUUGCAAGGCCCUUCCCACAAUGCCACCAUUUGACUUUGAAGGCUAUCUGAAAAAGGAUAACAGAGACUUUAAGCUGCUCAUAGACCAGCCAGAGAAAUGUCACAUCAUAGGAGCAGACAAAGAAGAAGGAGGAGGAAGUAAAGGGUCUACUAAGCCUCCCUACAUGCUCAUUGCAGUAAAAUCUAUCGCUGCAGAUUUUGAUAAACGUCAGGUGGUACGUCGGACCUGGGGUAAAGAGGGACUUUUCCAAAAUGGUGUGUCCAUCCGUACUGUUUUCCUGCUGGGAGUUCCCAGGAAUCGUACUGCGCUGCCUCUGUGGGAUCGGCUCUUGACCUAUGAGAGUCAAACGUUUAGGGAUAUCCUGCUCUGGGACUUUGAUGACACCUUCUUCAACCUGACGCUGAAGGAAACACAUUUUCUAAAAUGGGUUAACAGCACCUGUCCCCAUGUCAAGUUCAUUUUCAAGGGCGACGCUGAUGUGUAUGUUAACGUGGAGAAUAUAUUAGAGAUGCUACAAGGUCAAAAGCCAGAUGAGGAUCUGUUUGUUGGUGAUAUAAUUAUCCAUGCUAAACCCAUUCGCCGGCGCAACUCCAAGUACUUUGUGCCAGAGUUUGUUUAUGGAGGGGGUUUGUAUCCGAAUUAUGCUGGAGGAGGAGGGUUUGUCAUGUCGGGACAUACAGCUCGGAGGCUUAGCUCUGCAUGUCAACAGGUGGAGUUGUUCCCCAUUGAUGAUGUCUUUCUGGGAAUGUGUCUCCAGCUGAUCAGCGUCAAACCAUUGCGCCACCAGGGCUUUCGGACCUUUGGAAUUCCCAGACCGUCUGCAGCGCCCCACCUUCAGACAUUCGACCCAUGUUUUUACAGGGAACUCAUGGUUGUUCACAGCCUCAGCGUUCCUCAGAUCUGGCUUAUGUGGAACCUCCUGCAUGACCCCAAACUGAGUUGCCACAACAGGACCAGCCCGACUUCCUUGCCCUUUAGGUGGAGGGGGAGGGUGGGAGAAACGGUGGGAGAAGAGACGGACUACGGUGAGAAGGAAGUGUUUCUCAUGCAUUAGUGACUUUCUGCAGGGUUGACUGGGAUCUGCAAGAGCCCUAGCAAGUACAAAAUGGCUAUGAAGCAAGAUCUGUGGCCAACAUGAAAGGCUUAUUCAAGCUGGUAGAUCAUCUUUGGGGAAAUUAAUUGGCAAAAGCCAAAUGUGCUUCAGAUUUUUCAGUAAAGAAGCCCCAAGAGGAUGCGAGCCCAUCUGAGUUCAUACAGUAUUUGUCAACAACAUGCAGCAAGACCUUUAUUGCAAACAUGAUUGUGUGAUGAGUUGAAUCUCUCUGGACCUUUGAAUGUGUAAUCUUUAGAAUGUAUUGUGUUAUAAUUACAGAGACACAUUAAGAUCCACACGGAUGACAUAAUGAAAUGCGGUAAGCUGGUUUAACCCCAUCCAAGUGUAAAUGCAUCUGUGUGACGGAGACCACAACAUUUUCAAUAUUCUGACUUUCACUGGACUGUGCAGACAGGACUGGGGGAGUGGAAAGACAGUACACUUGUGUUUUCAACGUGAAUCACUUGCAGAGAUGUACCUCACUUCCUUAUGCUGGACAGUCACAUUGCCUCUCGGUUUGCAUGUUUGUGGAAAAGACUGAUAUUUUAGAAGUCAGGCAUGUGUAAACUUUAGUUUACAAUUCUCUUUUUCUUUAGAACUAUACAUUUUCCCUCAUCUGUUUUCAAAGUGUUCAGUGUUAAAAUGCUGCUGCAAGGUAGAUUUAUCUGAAACAUAUUCCUAUUCAACUGCAAAAAUAUGUUCACAUACAAGCUCAAACAACUAUUGGAUGGAUUGCCCUAAAAUCUGGUGCACACAAUUAUGCCCUCCUCAGGGUGAAUUGUAAUUGCUGUGGCAAUCCUUUGACUUUUAAUUUUCCCCAUCAUCAGGUAAAAAGUUUAACUCGUCCAGUAGUUUGGUUUGUGAUUAAAUUCCUGCAAAACAAUCAAUCGGUCUCGGCUGUACUGUACUUUGUGUUUGGUACUAAAUAGCAAAUGUUAGCAUGCUAAACGGAUAUGAACAUCAUAGUCAUUAUACCUGCUUAGCAUCAUCAAUGUCAGCAUGUUAGCAUACUGGCAUCAAAGCACCGCUCUGCCAAAGCAUGGCUAACUCAUAUUCUUGCUAACUAAGAUCGUCCACACACAAAAAUAGUAUGGCUUGCAGUUUGACUUUAAUCAGUUAUAUUUUGCACUCUGUUCGACGUGUAGAUCGAAGAUGUAACAUAAACAGCUGAAUUGAUUGUAAAUAUUAAAGUGAAAUGUUCUAAAAGUAAAAAUCUUAAUCAAUACUUUGUGUGUACCACACACCCCUGUGUAUUCAGUGUGCCUUUUGAUUAAAGGUUAGAAGACCUUCACAGCAUCUGAAAA